AUGGCUGCCAACGACGAGAUAACGUAUGUCGUACCCAGUUUAUUAAAGUUUGCUUACCAAGCAUGUAACGUUGAACAGCAGACAUGGUACGACAAUAUGCCAGUCCAGCCCUCUGACUUACAAAUAUGCUGCCAUUCAAUCCUUAAGAUUAUUCGCCUCAACCAUUGCGUCAAGUGUUUUAACUCACAUGGCGAUCGGCUAUCCAUGUUCCCCAAAGUGAAGCCCCUGGUCCAAUCACAGUUCAGCGAUGACUAUAUAAUCAAAAACAUAUGUGAGAUGGCCGCUUUCCACGGACAUCUGGACUGUAUGAAGCUCGCUCGUACGAUGGGCGUCCCGUGGUAUUCUCCGACGUUUGCUCAGAAAACGGCGUGUGAUCGGGCUGCAAAAUCGGGAGACCUUGAUUGUCUGGUUUACGCACACCAGCACGGGGCUCAGUGGUCCGUCUUCACGUGCAAUUAUGCAGCGGAAAAAGGUAAUCUGGACUGUCUCAUAUAUUUGCAUACCAAUGGAUGCCCAUAUGAAGAUCUAACGACAACGAACGCCGAAAAAAAUGGACACCUUGACUGUUUAAAUUACGCGUUACAAAACAAUUGUCCGCUAAAAGAAAACGAGUAG